AUGGAAACAACAAAUCGUAAUGAAGUAGCAGGAGGUGAUCUGUCGCCAGAAAAUAUUGAUAUAGAUUUGGAGACCAAUGAAUUAAAUAAUAAUAAUUCACAACCUAAUGCUUGUACCCAACAUCAAUCAAGCUGCUCACUUUUUAUAGAAUUACAGAAUAGACAAUCUUAUAUAGAAAAGCAGCAAAAUCAAAACAAGGCCUCUCAGAUUUGUGAAUCACCAA